CUUAUUACAUAGAAAAUGAAAACUUAUUUGACAACAACGGAGAAUUUGUUUUUUUUUUUCAGCAUUAACAUUGACAAUCCCCUCUUUAUUGUAUCGUUCGAGGGUUUUUCUAAUCGUUUUAUAACGGGAGUUUAUUUUUUUCGCUUCUAAUUAAACUGAGUGCGCUAACGUAAAUAUUCUAAUAACUAUAUUACUUUGUAGUACCAAACGUGUAUUACGUUAGUUAAACACUACGCAUUCAUGCUGCUUCAUCUCAAUUUCAUCAAUCGCUGAAUUUAUAUUCAAUGCUCUGCACUAUACCCAUUUAAAAGUAUCUUACCACCUGAAGCAUCUAUAAAGUACUUUCAAACGUGAACCUGCACUAUGCUGUCAAAGUAUCAACUUUGGUUAUACGCUGUUACCGUUAUAGCAUGGCAACCGGUCGUAUUAACUGAACAAGUCUUGGACCAAGAAAUCGAAGCCAGAAAAUUCUUGGUUUUCGCAAACCAAGAGUUAGCUAAGUGGACUAAUAAGUUGAUUCAUGCAGACUGGAAUUGGUCGUCUAAUUUAACUGACGAGAAUGCUGCAGAAAAGUUAAAAACCAAUGCAGCGUAUGGAAAGUUUGUAAAAGAGUUAUGGAAGGAAACAACUAAAUUCCCAUGGACUACAUAUAAAAAUCCAGAUACAAAAAGGCAAUUCAAGCUUUUGUCUGUAUUAGGUACAGCUGCUCUAUCGGAAGAAAAAUUGAAUAAAUUUGAUGCUUUAGUCGCUGACAUGGAAAGUAUAUACAGUAAAGCUACUAUACAGGAAUACGGCACUACCGAUUCCGGACGAACCUUGAGUUUAGAACCAGAUUUAGUAGAAAUAUUGGAAAAAAGCAAUGAUGUUAAUGAACUCAAAUACGUGUGGAUUCAAUGGAGAGAAUCAUCAGGCAAAAAAGUACGAUCACAUUUUAAAGAGUACGUAAAAUUAGCUAACGAAGCAGCUAUAUUGAACAAUUAUACGGACAAUUCCGAAUUUUGGAUCAGAGGGUAUGAUAUUGAUGAUUUCCGACCUCAAAUAGAACGUAUUUGGAAUCAAAUUCGUCCCCUUUAUGUUCAGAUACACGCAUACGUCCGUAAAAAGCUCUGGGAAAAGUAUGGUGAUUCAGUGGUAUCAAGAAAAGGCCCAAUACCAGCUCAUUUAUUAGGUAACAUGUGGGCUCAAUCAUGGGAACCGUUAAAUGAUUUUACACGUCCAUAUCCAUCGAUUGAUGAUAUAAAUCCAAAUAUAUUUAUGAAAAAUCAGAAUUAUACACCAAUAAAAAUGUUUAAAUUAGCGGAGAACUUUUUUACUUCAUUAAAUUUGAGUGCCAUGCCAAAAUCAUUUUGGACGAAUUCUGUCCUAGAAAAACCAGUCGAUCGACAAUUAGUUUGCCAUGCAUCUGCAUGGGACUUUUACGAUUCUAAUGACUUUAGAAUCAAACAAUGUACUACAGUUACGUUUAACGAUCUCAUUACUGCUCAUCACGAAAUGGGCCACGUUCAGUACUAUUUGCAAUACAAAGAUCAACCCUUCAUUUACCGCGAAGGAGCGAACGAAGGUUUCCAUGAAGCGAUUGGUGAUACUAUUGCUUUGUCUGUUUCAACAACAAAACAUUUAAACAAAAUUGGCUUAUUACCAAAAUUUAGUCGUUCACCGGAAGCUGAUAUCAAUUACCUAUACCAAAUUGGGCUACAAAAAAUAGCAUUCUUACCUUUUGGUUAUUUAAUGGACUUGUGGCGAUGGGACGUAUUUAAAGGAAAAACGACUGAAGAUAGCUAUAACUGCGAUUGGUGGAAAUUGAGGGAGAAAUAUCAAGGAGUCGAACCACCUGUAACUCGAACAGAAGAUGAUUUUGACCCGGGUGCUAAGUACCAUAUUAUAGGAAAUGUGCCUUAUAUCAGAUAUUUCGUUAGCUUUAUUAUACAAUUCCAAUUCCACCAAGCGUUAUGUGAAAAAGCUGGAGAAUUUGAUCCCAAUGACCCCAAGAGUAAGCCACUGCAUGAGUGUGAUAUCUACCAAAGUACCAACGCUGGUAAUGCGUUCAAAGAAAUGUUAAAAAUGGGUUCAUCUAAACCAUGGUUUGAUGCUAUGGAAUUACUUACUGGACAAAGAAACAUGGAUGCCACGCCAUUACUUAAUUAUUUCAAUCCAUUAUACGAAUGGCUUUUAAAUGAAAAUAGAAAAACUGGUGAAUAUUUAGGAUGGGAAAAAUCUACUAAAGAAUGUAUACAAACCAAAGAAAAAUUAUGUCAAUAUAAAUUUAUUUCAUGAUAUUUAAAAAUAAUUAAAUUUUUAAUUGACAGUAUUACUGUGAUAUUUAAGAUAUAUUUAUAAAUUUUAUGUUUUUUUUAAGUGAGCAAACAUGUAACAUGCUUUUGCAUUAAUUUUA